AUGGAUUUUCUAUUUGGUCGCCAGAAAACCUCCAAGGAGAUUCUGAGGGAGAACCAGCGAGCCCUCACCCGGGCCAUGAGGGAGCUGGACCGAGAGAGGCAGAAACUGGAGCAGCAAGAGAAGAAGAUCAUUUGCAACAUCAAGAAGAUGGCAAAAGAGGGGAAAAUGGAUGCCGGGAAAAUUAUGGCAAGGGAACUGUUUCGCACGCGGCGAUACAUGAAGAAGUUUAGACUGAUGCGAGAAGACAUCCAUGCCGUGUUUCUAAAGCUCCGGACCCUAAAGUGUAAAAACUCCAUGGCCCAGGCUAUGAAAGGGGUGACCAGAGCCAUGGCCGCCAUGAGCAGACAGUUGAACCUUCCUCAGAUCCAGAAGAUAAUGAACGAGUUUGAACAACAGUCCGAAAUGUUGAACGCCACCAUGACGCAAUGGAUAUUGAGGAUGAUGAAGAGAAGGGUGAUGUCGUGGGUUCCCCGAUCCUGGAUGAGUUGGGCCUUACGCUGAUCGAUGAUGACCUGUGCAAGCUUUUCUCUGCUGAAGGUUCUCAACGUGGCCCUCAGCGUGGCUCAGCGCGGCGCAGUCUUCACAGGGCUAACGUGUUAGACCUUGUAUCAUGCGGGUUCUUCUUCUCAUGUUCCUUUUUCUGCUCCACAUUCACCCAAAGGGCGACAGUCACCGUAUUCAGAAAAAAACAAAAACAUCUGAGAGCCAAAUCCUUUAUACCGCUCUCUGUGUCCCUACUUUCCUAAGAGAGACCACCAUGAAUGGUAACGGUCGAGUUUAUUUCGGUCAAUUGAUGGUAGAAAGAAAAAAAAUUGGAUUAAAAAAUGAAAAAAAUAUUUUUUUAAAUGUAGACCAAAUAUAGUCACCAGUAGACUACAUUUGGUCUAUUAAAGUGAACGCCCCCCUCCCCCAGCUGUAUGUCAGUAUAAUACAUUUGUGAAAAUAUUCUGAUCUAGACUUUAGCAAAUUUGAAAAUUCUGACAAAAUUGCAAACAUUUUUGAUUUUUUUUUGAAUUUUUGUGAAUUCCUCAUUAUAAUGAUAAUUGUCUUUCCAUAUGGUCUGAUAGGGCUUUGUUCACAUAUUGAAUAUUUGUUGCUGUAACGUAAGAGAUUUUUUUUUUUUUUUUUUUGUUGCGAUUUCAGAAGCUCGAGCAAAUACUGGGGGGAAAAAACGCAACGUGUGAACACUGCCUAAGUCUUAAUGGUCAGGGCAGACAGGCAAAUUUUGGGGGAGGUUAGACUGUA